AUGGGGAAUACACCUUCUACCCACACGAGGCCAAACGCUUCGACACCUCAUUCGCAUUCUCCCGCACCUUCAAGCCAUAGUAAUGACUCAUCAAGGACAUCAUCAACUCGCAGAGAUCCCAGGAAUUUGAUUCAUUCGCACAGGACCGCUGCGAGAGCAGAACCUUCUCUCGCACAAGCUCACGGAUCGAAUGUCACACACCGCCCGCGCAACUCCCAAUCACACCCUGCCGCACAAUUCAAUAGUUCCUUACCGAGUUCGGGGGUCAAUACACCAUCAGCGCAUGAAAAAGAGCCAAAACCGGGCGUGCAAUCACAUAAAGAUGGGCCAGAGACAGAUAAGAUCGUCGUGAAAGACCAGCCAACCAAGCCAGUCGAUGUUCCCAUGCCAUCCUCAAAUUACGACACUACCACGUGUAGAUCACACUCGCAUUCACACUCCCUAUCGAGCACGCAACCUCCAUCCAUUGACCCCUCCGAUCCCCCGAUUCAAGAUAUGUCGUAUCAUCUUACGCGACCUCCGAGACUCCCACUGCCAAUUGAGGAGGAGGUGCAUACACCAGGAUCACCUUUGAUCACGCCAGCUGAUAUGAUUGCCCCAGCGAUAGAUAUAGAGGCUUUGGAUAAUGAACGGCUUGCGAGACGGAACUCGGCACUUAGCAACACGACUAUAGAUGAGGAGGAUGCCGAGGAGAUUCAAAUCGACCGGACGAAGGCAACAGUACCAACCCUAUUUGAAUGGAGAGAAGGCGGAGAGAAAGUUUAUGUAACUGGUACCAUAUUUCAGUGGAAUAAGAAGCAGAGAUUAAGCGCAGUGGAAGGAGAGCCAGGACUUUUGAGAGCAAUUAUUCAUGUACGACCUGGAACUCACCACGUUCGAUUUAUUCAAGAUGGCAUUAUGAAAUGUUCAGCACUUCUUCCGACAACUGUUGAUUUUGGCAACAACUUAGUCAAUUAUAUCGAAGUCAGUGCCGAUGACAUCCCUAACGAUGAUGGUUCUGUAAAUAUACCUAGUGAACCAAUUGGAGGUGCAGAAGCCAAGCCCGAGGUCACUCAGCCAGAACCAGUACCUGCAGAAGAGAGGACAAAACCGAAGCCCGUGUCGAAGAUGAAGCACGCAAUCUCUCAUAGCAGAUUUACUUCAGAGAUUCCACAAUACCUUAUAGAUAUGGACAAACCUGAAGAUUCUAGGGAAUACCGCUACGCAAUUGCUGCUAUAGACAAACUGCCUCCUCCCCCUAGUUUACCAGGUUUCUUGGGAAAACCCAUCUUGAAUAGCAAUCCACCGAUGAAGGAUGACAAUAGUGUUCUUAUUAUGCCUAAUCACACUGUUCUUAAUCAUCUAGCUACGAGCAGUAUUAAGAACAAUGUUCUUGCUGUUUCUGCCACUACAAGGUAUAAGCGAAAGUAUGUCACAACGAUCAUGUACAAACCUACUUUAGAGGAAUAA